GCAUGGUCCCAGACGCAGAGCGAUAACAAGAUCAAACGACUCAGUUAAGUGUGAUUUUCAUAACCUGCGAACUUUGUGCUGUCCAUCCCUUAUGAUGCCUAGAUCAAAAUUGGAACGUAGAAAAGUAGGGGCGAGGCCCUAUAUCCCCUAUUCUGAAAAGGUUUUGAAGUAGUGCAUUGGAGAUAUAAAAAAUGGAAAAAUGUCUCAAAGAAAAGCUUCAGAGACCUAUAAUAUUCCGCGCAGCACUAUUAUUUCAAAACUAAAAGCAAUAAAAAAUAACUUUAUAAACCCACCAGGACGGAAAUGCGUUUUUACUAAGGAAGAAGAACAGUAUUUUGUUCAACACUGUAUUGUGAUGUGUGAGUGUGGCUUUCCCGUGACUCCAUUUGAUUUAAGAUGUAUUAUUAAGAUGUAUUUGGAUAGUACCGGGCGCAAUGAAUCAAGGUUUCAAAAUAAUUUUCCGGAAAAACGUUGGAUGGAAGGCUUUUUACUGCGGAGAAAAGGGGAUUUGUCGAAGAGGCUUUGUAGUAACAUUAAGAGAUGCCGAGCUGCUGUCGAUGAUCAAAUUACAAACAAAUAUUUUGACCAUUUAGAAGCCGAAGUUCAAGGGGUUCCUCCAACAGCGAUAUUUAACUACGACGAAACUAAUCUGGUAGAUGAUCCUGGCAAAAAAACUGUUUUAAGUAAGCGAGACUGCAAAUAUCCGGAACAAAUUAAAAAUUCCACUAAAGCGGCAGUUUCUAUUAUGAUGUGUGGCAAUGCUGCAGGUGAAUUAUGUCCUCCAUAUGUUAACUAUAAGGCCGAAAAAAUGUGGGAUACGUGGACCGAAGGUGGACCUGCAGGAACCAGAUAUAAUAGAAGUAAAAGUGGAUGGUUUGAUGGAUCUAGCUUUGAGGACUGGUUUAUGUCAAUUCUACUUCCCAAGAUAAAGCGCAGUAGAUUUGAAAAAUCUGUCAUGAUCGGAGAUAAUUUAAGCUCACAUAUAAGUCCCAAGGCUAUUAAAUUAUGCGAGGAACAUAACAUUGCCUUUAUAGCAUUGCCACCAAACUCGACUCACUUAACUCAGCCGCUGGAUAUUUCUUUUUUACGACCUUUUAAAAUUAAUUGGCGAAAAGUGUUGGAUGAGUGGAAAAGCUCUUCUGCUGGAAGAAGACAUCCUACAGUCCCUAAAGACGUUUUUCCAUCCCUUUUAAACGAAUUGUUUGGGAGAACAAAAGAAAAUGCUGCAACCAAUUUACAGUCCGGUUUUAGAAAAGCAGGGAUAUAUCCUUUCACUCGGGAUCAGGUUUUAGCUAGACUUCCCAGCAGCAACAGGGUUAAUGAGUCUUCUGAUUAUGAUUUGAUCAAUAAAUCGUUUACAGCUUUUCUUGAAAAUGUCAGAAAAUCAGAAACUGUUCCCCGGAUUAUCAGGAAAAAGAAAAAAUUAAAUGUUGAGCCAGGCAAAAGUAUAGGACCAGAUGAUAUCAACGAGUCUAGUACUUCUGGAAUAAAAAAAAAGAAAAAAAGUAAGCAACUUAAUUAAUUUGCAUUGAGUGAUUCAGAGGAAGAAAGUUUAGGAGAAAUUUCUUUAGGCUCCGAUACUCUAUCAGAGACUUUUUUAGUGAUAUGCCACCAACCUUCGUUGAUAAACCUUCGUCACAAAAUAAUCAAUCUAGUACAAUAUCUGAAGGCGAUUUUUUUUUAACAAAAUCAUUUUCUGGGUGUGGUCGAGAAAACAACAAAAAAUGGGUACAUGGUCAGCUGCAUGGAACAAAUUGGGAAUCUAUGGAAGUGGCCAAUACAAAAGGAUGUCCUAAAAUACUCUAAAGAAGAUAUUGUAAAGAAAAUAGAAAGUCCAAAAUUAUUUUCUAAGAGUAGACAACUGUAUUUAGUUGCAGAAUUGCAAAAAGAUUAGGCUAGCUAGAACACUUUAAUUUUUUUGGUUAAUUUAAAAACGCAUCUUGUGUGUUUUGUUACAGAUAAAUCUUGCGUUCUCUACUAAUUUUGAUUGUAAAAUGUUUAACCUAAAAAUUUGAUUUUACUUUUACA